GAUCGCAUGAGGCGGCCAGCAUAAUUAGCCCUAGUACAGCUAGCUGCGAGUACAGCCAUCCAUCAGUUCAAGGUGCCGCUGAACGGAACGUCCGGGAUGCGCUGACGUUACUGUAGGAUCGAUUCGCGAUCGGCUUCAGCCCGACCAAAUCUUACUUGGUUUCCCCUCGUGGGACACGGUGUACUGCAAUGGUAUUAUUUGGGAGAUCACCAGGUCUCAGAAGACCAACACGCGUGUGCACUGUAUAUAAGCCUUGAAGGAGCGCCUCUUUCAUCCUACCUCCCGUUCUGCCGUUUCCCCUCCUCUCACGGACCCUAGUCCGCACUCUCGCUUGGCCAGCGUCUCCGAUAACUUAUUCUUCACAUUAAUCUCGUUCCGUUCGUCUUACCUUAAUGCUCGGACCACCCUACUCAUCCUAUGGACUUGGCGGCCAGCCAUAUAAUAUGUCCCCAAAUCCCGACGUGCAGCGUCAUGCGAGCGCUCAUCGCUCGCAGUCGCAUCCGGCGUCUGCUAGCUACCCUCCGUGGUCGUGCUGCCAAUCAGGUCCUUACGCAGGCCCUGGCGUAGCCUCAGGCGCCUCAUCUCAUUCAUCAAGUACCAAUCUGCCGCCGAAUGAUAGAGAUGCACUGCACUUCCGUGAAUCUUGCACUAGACUCCCGCCGGCACACGAUUACUAUAUGCAGGGCGAUUUUGUCCCCCCGCCUCCACCUGCCUCCUAUCGCCCUAUCCCCUCUUCUCCCGAGACCAGCGGCUUCCAUCCCCUGGCGAGUACAGCGGGUGCUGGACAUGCGCAUGGUCAAUACAGCAUGCCACAGAUCGACGCGUCCGCGAGCUUGUCAUCGGCAGCCUACCCAUGGUCUCCCCCCUACGAAAACACCUCUACUGCGACGGCAGGACCGCCAGUAGCUCAGAACCCCCUUGCACCCGCGGUCCCGUUCCCCGAUCCGCUAUCGCCCGCCAUGCACUUGAACAGCAGCCCGCCCCCGACUUCGCUGCUCCCCUCGGUUCUCUCGAGUCCGUACGCAGGCCAGGAUUUGCUCAGCGAGUGGUCCGACGGCGCGCCCUCCUUCGCGAUAGACCACGACGGCCAGAGCGUGGGUAGCGCGUACCAGUCGUACGCGCGGCCCAUCGCGAAGUCCGAGGUCGCGACACCUGCUAUGCGUGGUGCGGCCGACCGCCGCCGGAAGAAGCCACACAGGUUCUUCUGCACGGUCUGCCCGGCGGGCUUCACAGCCAAGCACAACUUGCAGGCUCACGAGCGUUCCCACAUCGGGAAGAAGGGCUUCGCCUGCAACAAGUGCGGCCUCGCGUUCGACAACCCCGGCGUGCUCAAGCGUCACAGCGACCGGUGCACUGGAUACGCCGCCCGUUAAUGGAAUAUUUAUCUAUCCGUACGCACGAUAUAAUUACCAGAAGACAUUGAGAACAAGUGUAGCAUAGAGAAUCGGGCGCUAAUCCUUCGUCCUUCUGUCUAUCCAGACAAAAAGCCCCACUAAUGGCGGACAGCCCUGACCUACCGACCACUUACAAUAUUUAGAAUGACUAUCUAGCGCGCAUCAUUGACGCGACUACCUUACAUUAUCUUCCUACUUCCAUCUAACGCAUUAUUCUGUGCUGGACCGGAAUAUAGAUGCUUUUUGUCUCCUUC